AAUACAUAAAAUGAAUUUUAGGAUAGCAAAUAUCAGUGAAGAUGUAAUCAAAACAUUUUCUCGAUGUAUACAGGGCUCUGUUCUGAAAACAAUCGAGUCAUUGGAGGGACUGAGGCAGCUCCCAAUGCGUGGCCAUGGCAGGUUUCUCUUCAAGGUUUGGCUAGUUAUUGGUACCACACCUGUGGAGGGACUUUAAUUCAUAACAGAUGGGUGCUGACUGCUGCUCACUGUGUGGACAGUCCAACUACAACAUACCGUGUCGUCCUGGGUGAUCACAACAUUUAUGAGGAUGAUAAAACCGAACAGUACAUUUACGUACAAUAUGCCAUCAUCCACGAAGGUUGGAAUGGGGAUCUUGCAAUUGGGAAUGAUAUUGCGCUGGUUUACCUGGCCCAGGAUGCUGUCCUGAACCAACAUGUCCAGCUUGGAAAUUUGCCCGAUGCAGGUGCUACCUUACCAAAUGGCUAUCUAUGUUACGUCACUGGCUGGGGCUACACUAGAAACAAUGGAUAUGUUAGUUCUACUCUUCAACAAGCUGCUAUCAGGGUUGUUUCCUAUGAAGUAUGUUCCCAGCCUGCCUGGUGGGGUGACUAUGUUAACAACAACAUGGUGUGUGCUGGAGGUGACGGCAUCAUUGCUGGUUGUCAGGGAGAUUCUGGAGGUCCUCUGAAUUGUGAGCAUAAUGGCAUUUACUAUGUCCAUGGAGCCACAAGCUUUGUAGCUGCAGCAGGAUGUGACACAUACAUGAAACCAACAGUAUGGACCCGCGUCUCAGCUUACAUCGACUGGAUCAAUAAUUUACGAAAUGAGCUGAAAGUCUAUCCAGUUUACGGCAAGUGUCUGAUAUAA